GAGGAGUUCACGCUCUUUGUACACUCCGCCCUCUCUCCCCCCCCAUCGCUCUAUCUCUCUCUCGACAGAUCUCUCGUGAUUAACGAAACAAUGGCGACUCAAUUCAGCGCUUCUGUCUCCAUGCAAACUACUUGUCUGGCAACAACGAGGAUUAGUUUCCAAAAGCCUUCUUUGAUUUCCAACAAUGGAAGGACCAAUCUCUCCUUCAACCUGCGCCCUGCUCGUCGCCUUUCAGUCUCUUGCGCGGCGAAACAAGAGACCAUAGACAAAGUGUCUGAGAUUGUCAAGAAGCAACUAUCACUUGCAGCAGAUCAAAAAGUCACUGCCGCUACCAAAUUUGCUGAGCUUGGAGCAGAUUCUCUCGACACGGUUGAGAUAGUGAUGGGUUUAGAGGAAGAGUUUAACAUCCAAAUGGCGGAAGAGAAAGCACAGAAGAUUGCAACAGUGGAGCAAGCUGCUGAACUCAUUGAAGAGCUCAUGCAAGAAAAGAAGUAAUUUAGUAUUUUUACAAGCUGCUACAUAACAAAAAAAAAAAAAAGUAAACGACAAAAAAAAGAAGGCUUUGGGUUUGUUUUCAUUAUGUUUUAUCUUUCUGUCAUUUUUAAUUAAUGUGUCAAUGGAGUCUAUCUUUGUCCUAAUGGGUUAAUCCCUGUAUCCACUGAUGUCACCUUAAACUUUUGGUAUCCCAACGAAUAUCAUUUACAAUAAAUCUUUCUUUC